AUGUUGAAUUCUCCUGAAUUUUUGCUGCCCGGUCGUGAAGCGGAAGCACUCAAAGGAGAGUUUCCCUGGCAUGCGGCCUUGUUGCAUCGAGAAUUCCGUUCAGUCAAAUUUACGUAUAGCUGUGGAGGAUCUUUGAUCAAUGAAUGGUUCGUGUUAACGGCUGCACACUGUUUGAUCAAUCAGAACAAUGGUAAACCGAUGGCUACUGGAGAUAUUCUUGUUUCAUUGGGAGCUCAUGAACUGGACAAGGAGGAUAACUGUGUGCAAACAAUGAGACUUCAACAGAUACACAUCCAUGAAGAAUAUAGUUUAGAUAGCCACAAACAUGACAUAGGAUUGGUGAUGUUUAGCGAGCGCGCCAUAUUUACGCCUCGAGUGCUGCCAGUUUGUUUAGAUAUUUGCGAAACGGAAGAGCCUAACUUCUAUCAACAAUACGGAAAAGUGGCCGGGUGGGGUUUUACAGAAAAAAACGCACUUUCCGAUUGGCUGCGGAUGACCGAGCUGCCAAUUGUUGACUAUUCCAGAUGCUUGACUAGUAAUCCAACGAUAUUUGCGAACACGAUCUACGAGGGCAUGUUUUGUGCAGGGUUUGCUAACGGAAUGAGCAUUUGCAAUGGAGAUUCCGGGGGAGGUUUGGUUACCUUCACAAGAAAUCGGUGGAUACUGCGAGGAGUCGCUUCAUUCACGGCCUUGCGUUCGGAAGCAAGCAAUGUUUGUGAUGCUAAACAAUACGCUGGAUUCAUCAAGGUACAAUAUUACCGCAGGUGGUUGAAAAGUCGGUUACGCCUCAAAAGCGAAACAACCAUGAAAUAUUCUCCCGAAAACAUUGAAACCAUCUGUGGUCCCAACAAUUGUGGUGAAAGGAAAAUUAAUAAACGAAGUCUGAUUGUCAAUGGAAGGCGAAGCUUUGCGGGAGAAUGGCCAUGGCAGGUGGCCAUAUUUUACGUUAAAUUUGGCGACAAAAUAUAUUUUUGUGGUGGAAGUCUUAUAAGUGACUUGAUCGUGUUGACGGCAGCACAUUGCUUGUAUGUCGUUUAUGAAAAACGUAAAGCGGAAAAACUUAUAGUAGUUCUAGGUGAAAACAAUCUGAUUGAAAGCUCUGUCCACAUGCAAGAAGUAGUAGUUCGAACUGCAACAUAUCACCGAAAAUAUCGUCAAGGGAUAAAUGACAUAGGCCUGCUAGAACUAGCUACACCAGUACAGUUUAAUGAUUACAUCCAGCCGGUAUGCUUGCCAAGGAAAAGUGAUUUGAAUUUGUCUCUCUAUGGAGCUUCUGGAACGGUCCUAGGUUGGGACAACCCUGAUAAUUCUAUCGUACUUCGUUCGGCAACUGUUCCUGUUGUAGAAGAUCACAAUUGUGUUCAUAGCAAAAUUACUCUAAACGAAGCAGUCGGAAAUAUCUGUACUGGACCCCCAGCAAAUGGUAAUAUAGUUCAGUAUAAAAAGGUUAUUUAGCUAACACUUCUUUUAAAGAUUCAUACAUUGAGUAUGGCGAUUCCGGUGGAGGAAUGCACUUCGAGAAGGAUGGAAAAUGGACUGUUCGGGGAAUUAUAACAACAACAUUGGAAAAUGAAAUGUUUACGAUAAUGACCGAUACGGCUUUCUUUUUAGAUUGGAUCAAACGAGAGACCGAAGCUGCAGAUCAACGUACAACCGAGAGGAGAACAAGUGAUUUUGAUUUCGAU